AUGGCUUCUGUCGCAGAGGCCCGCCGCAGUCCCUUUUCGGGCGACCCUCACCAUCCCAACCUGCACAAGUCGAUUCCCAUCCUGCCCUCGUCCAGCCCGAGGCUUGCGGCGUCCCGGGACUCCAUGGACAUCACGCCCUCGUCGUCAACCAUGGGCCCGCCCAACGAGCGCACCCAAUCGGUCUCGUUCCAGCUGCCGUCGCAAAGAGAAGGAAACGGCGAUUCGGAAAACACUUCGCCUCCCAAUGGCAGCACAGGGCCUGCAGUGGGCGCUGCCGCAGCUGCACAACAGCCCAAGGUCGUCCAGACGGCCUUCAUACACAAGCUAUACAACAUGCUCGAAGACCAGAGCAUCCAGCACCUCAUCUCCUGGGCGAGCACUAACGAGAGCUUCGUCAUGUCUCCCUCUAGCGAGUUCUCCAAAGUCCUUUCGUCCUACUUCAAGCACACCAACAUUUCCUCAUUUGUGCGCCAGCUGAACAUGUACGGCUUCCACAAGGUGAGCGACGUUUUCCACACUGGAUCGCCAGACACUCCGCUUUGGGAGUUCAAGCACGGCAACGGAAACUUCAAGCGAGGCGAUCUGGUCGGUCUGCGCGAAAUCAAGCGACGUGCUUCUAGACAUGCCCUCGUCCAUCGCGAGUCCUUCCCCGCGCCCAAAAUGCCCCUUGGCCCACCAGCUGGGCAGGCGGUCGACCCAAUGCCGGACCCUGUCGAGUCACGUCUCCAGAGUCUCGAAUACAACCUCCAUGACAUGCAUGCGCGCAUGCAGCGAUCAGAAGACACAUGCGCAUACCUCACUCAAAGGAGUUCGGUGCUAGCCGAGGGCAUGAUGAAAUGCCACCAAUGGAAUCAGGACCUUGCAAACCUCAUCAUGCAAAUGGUGCCGGACCCGGAAAACCCUAUCCAUAGGGAUGUCGCUAUGAUGCAGCGUGAAAUUGCUCGACAAACAGACAUGCUCCGAGCAUUGGAGCCACCAGAAGAUGCACCUCUCUCCGCACGCCAAUCCUACUUCAUGCAAGUAGACAGCAGCAACGGCCCACCCCUUUCACCCCGGCAAAUGCCACAAGACAAUCUAACAGAGUCGCGGAGAGGAUCCUUGGCGAACGUUUCACGGCAAGCUCCAUACAAGGCUCCGAUCCCGGCCCAUCUUGCAAUUUCUCCGCGACGUUACGGUUCAAUAGGCACGGAUAUCCGCUUACACGGUUGGCAACCGCAGCCACCCAACCCUGCUGUCAAUUCGCCCUACGCUUCUGGUUACAACUCCACACAAUGGCCCUCGUCACCGCGCCAUCCACCUAUCGGAGGUGGUGACCAGCAGCUCCGUGAUGCAUUGGAAUCAUAUCAAUUACCCCGCGGUCCACGGCAAGCACAGUCAAGACACGGCUCUCCUCCACCGCCAAAUGAAAACAUGCCGUCGACAUUAAAUCCAGAUGCUGGCUGGACACUACCGGGAGCUAGAUAUCCUUUCAAAGGCCUCGACACUGGACCACCUACUCGACGAUCUAGUAUGGCGUCCAAUGUCCACUCGCUCCUCAACCCCGCGGAAACUGCGGAACGCAGUGAGGAGGAUGAAGCAGAUGACGUGCGUAAGCGAAAACGCAUGCAGUGA